CAAGUACCACUUCGAACAGCCAGUUCCCUAUCGAUCAUAGACAAUCUCAGCCUCCUCCGCCGUCAGUCUCUCUGAAUGAAAGAAAUUACGAUCGCGCAGCACACUAGACGCGGACCGCUUCUGAGAGACCGCGAGCGUUUCGGCUCUUCAGUUGAUAUCGCGACGGCUGUGAGAGGAGGCCAUGACACCGGCGACCGGCAUCUGUUUCCUCCUGCUCGCCUGCGGGGCGGCGCGUGUACAGGGUGUUUCGAACCUGCCCAACACCACGGGCAUCGAUGGGCAGCUCACGGCAGAGUUGGAGAUCGACAAGUUCUUUUCCUACUGGGUGGUUUUUAACAACGACGAUGAGGUUAAAAUGUCAGAUAAUCCCUUCACGAUCUUCGCGCCCCAAAACGCAGCCACAAAACGCCUGGAGCCGAUCUUGCAGAGGCCGGAUGGCGUGAAGAGCAUCCUCAUGGACCAUGUGGUGAUCGGGUCCCGCUUGAACCUAGAGAACGUUACGGAGGAACUGACCUUCCAAACUGCUGGAGGUAAAACCGUCCACAUAAAGCCCUCGAAAGAAGGCAAACUGCUGGCCAACGAGGCAGUCAUCGUGAAGCGAAAAGUUGUGGUGCCUCACGGCAUCCUGGUGGUCCUGGAUAAUUACCUGUUCCAGGAAGGUGGCGCUAAAUCCAAAGAGAACGCCACCGCGAUACCUGUGGUGAAGCUGGCGGAUAUAUCUGUGCUGCCUUUGGUGCAUAAAGAGGAGGGUAGCAAUCACUACAAUAUGACAUUUGUGGAGAAUAUACUGGAGGUGUUGUCGUUUUUGAAGAGCGGAGUCAGGGUGUUUCAGCACUUCCUGUCCAGGUCGAACGUUUCUAGGCUGCUCAAGGAUGGAGAGGAGUACACAGUCUUCGUACCUACUGAUCAUGCCUUCCAAAGAUGGCACCCCAUUGAUUGGGGUUUCUACCCAUUCAGCGUUCCUGAAUUCACAGAGAGCAUCAUCACCAACCAUUUCAUACGGGGCAGACUCAAGCAAGACAGCAUAAAGGAGGGCCAGAUUGUGAAGACCCUAGGAGGAAAGGAAAUCGUCUUCAAGAAAUCUCCCAUUCUGACAGUAAAUGGUGCUACAGUCAUAAAAGGAGUCACUCCAGUAGCCAAGGGCAACAUCAUGUUCAUAGGUGAAGUUCUUUUCGUCAGCGAGUCUGUGGUUUCGAAGCUUCACCAACAGCACAGGGACAAAGAGACACCUCCUCUAUUGGCCUUUCCAUGGUUUGGAGCCCAAUUCCUUUCCCACGCUUUCUUAGCCCUUGAAAGAGACAGGCGUUUUUCGCAUAUAACCAGAUUCUUGAACUUGGCUGACUUGGCACCUCACGUCUCUGGAACUGGAUACACAUUUUUUGUACCAACAGAUACAGCCUUCGAGGAACUAGGAUUGGACAAGAUGCCGGAUAACUAUCUGUCGAAUGGCCAGGGUUUGGAGAUUCUACUGAAUCAUUUCGUUAAAGGAAGGCUGUACAAUAAGGACCUCAGUGAUGGUGUCAACUUGACGACUCUGGGCAACAAAACAAUAACGGUCUCGAGAAAAGAUAAAGUGAAAGUGAAUGAAGCAACCAUAGUGGAAAGUGAAGUAUUCGUUUACAACCUUGGAACAAUGUUUUAUAUAGAUAAAGUACUUUUCGUCACCUUGAAUGAUCUGCCAUCAACCAUCCAGUCUACCACCACGGUGAAACCUACUCAGAAAUCAAUGGUACCAACAACAGAAGCUGAAAUUGAAGGCAUACCUGACGAGCUAGCUGAAAAGACUGGUCAACUGCCAGAUAUUUUGGUAUCAGACGACGCAUCUACGAAUGAAACUCAGACGGUUGAACCAGAAGUUAGUACGCAAAGUGAAACAAUCAAAUAAAUAUAUCAAGAUCGAUAAAAUGGACCUAGCAAUAAAGGGAAGGUUGAGAACUUCCAUAUUAUCGUCAUCUCCACUUUUGUAUGUCGUCAAAGAAAUAUUGGCAUAUAAUAAUUUUGUAAAAAUCCCAAAAUCAGCGCUCUAUUAUUCGUUUGUGUAUCUUGAUAUCUGAUGUGGAUCUUUUUUGGUCUAUGAAAUGUACAUUUGUUAAUUGAAAUAAUUGUAAGUAAUUCGUACUGUAAAAAUAGCCAAAUAUUUUUCUAGGGAAUUUUCGUACAGUCCAAAAUAAUUAAGUUAUUCAAAAAAUAUCGUCGUCUCAAAUAUCCUUCUUUCCGAUGAAAUGAACUCUUCAAAUCGAAAAUAUAUAUAAUAAAAAUAUUAUUAACUUAACACUUUUUGAUGUAUUGAAUCGAUUAAGGACUAACUGGAAGAAGUUUAUUGUUCAUAUCAAGUUAUCAAGGCUCCUAUGGGUUCAGAGCUUCGUGCAUGCUUUCGAAACAAUUUUUGUGAUGGAAGAAGUGUAAAUAGUGUUUCACUGAACUUUCUGAAUGACUACUGUAGUCUGGUUUAGAAUGAAAUGACUGAUAAACGUUAAAAUAUUGUGAAUUGAAUUAUAUUUAUAUGAAAAAAUUACAAAGUAUCUGUUCAUAAUAAUUAUUACUAGUAAAUGGACAAUGUUGUAUUAGAUGCUUUAUUACAAUCAAUGUUUAGAUUACAAGGCGCAUAAUUUCCUAAAAACAGGACUUGUUUAUUUAUUUACGAAAAUCAAUUGUUAUUUUAAUACAAGCUCUUAUUGUUAAUAAAUGUGGAUCUUGUCCUCUGAAAUAUAUUUCUUUUUCAUCA